AUGACCAGUACAAUGCUGGGAAACCUGGCAGAGACGUAUGUGUCUGCCAUCCGGAGCGGGCAGAUCCCCUGCCUGGACAAUGCUGUGUUGGCUCUGGCCCAAAUUGAGAACUCCAGUGCCAUCGAGAGGGCCAGGGCCCACUACCAAAAGGGCAUGGCUGACUGGGUAGCCUACCCCACAGAGACCCAAGAGGAGCUGUCUGAAGUGCAUGCUGUCAUGGAGAAGGAGGCUGUGGCCAUAUUCAUCAACAACUCCUUCAAAGACGAGGACCAGAAGUACCAGUUGGAGCUCAUGAAAGUGCUUCAAGAGGAGUAUGAGAAGAUCUGUGAGAGGAACUACAAGGAGUCCCAGAAGGCAUGCGAGUCCAAAAUCGAAUGCAUCUUUGCCCCCUUGGAGGAGAAAAUAAGGGAUGGCUCCUACAUGACCCCUGGAGGAUACAAAGAGUACUGCAACAACCUGAAACUGGCCACCAGCGAAUACAGAUCUGAGGGAGGCAGGGGAGUGAAGGCUGAAGAGGUACUGAAGGAGUACUUGGAAAGGAAGGCCAUCAUUGGUCAGACCAUCCUGUCAGCAGACCAGUCCCUCACUGAAGCUGAGCAGAGAGCAGAAGCGGAGCAAGCGAAAAGGGAGGCAUCUGAGCGGAAGAAUCGAGCCAUGGAGGAGCAGCUGGUUGUCCAGGAGAGGUUGAGAGCGGUCCAGCAGAGGACGUAUGAGGAGAAUGUGAACCAGCUGAUGGAGAGGAUGGAGAGAGACAGUAGAAAUGCCGUGGCAGAGCACGAUAGAGUUCUGCAGGCCAGACUUAAGGAGCAGAAUGACCUUCUCCAACAAGGGUUUGAUGACAGAGCACACCAAAUGCAAAGAGAGAUAGAUGCGCUUAAGGGUGCGAAGGCACAAGAGGAAGAGAAAAAACCCUCAUUUAUGAGCACAGCUCUGGAUACUGUUGGGACUGCAGCUACCUUGUUCCUUCCAGGAAUACUUCCCAAAGUAGGAGGAAUGGCUGUGAAAUGGCUGUCUAAGUGGUUCUGAUGUAGGUUCCCGAGGAGGAUGAUGAGCUAUUAUUCUUAUAGACAUAUGGAUUGACUGAAUGUGUAUUUAUUGGUAGUUGAUUCAUGGAUUUAGAUUAAGCACUCAGUCAAGGUUUUAUUUGAUGUUAUUUUUUUUUGUACGUCAUUUGAAUAAAUAAUUAGCAUGCCUAAUCAUAAUGAAGUAGAAUUUUUAGAAAGCACUCUUAAAAAUGGUUUUGCAUUUGUUUUACUAUUACCAAAUAGGCCUACUUCUUUUUAACACUGACGACAUUUACAUGCAGACCAAUAUCCUGUUAUUAUUCGGGAUACUCAAGUACUCUGUUUUUGAGUUGAUGCAUAUAAACGUCAUAUUCCAUUUACAAUAACCCGAAAAGCUUGUAUCCUGGUUAUGAGAAUCCCGUAUAAGAUGCCUGGGAUAUGCUGAUCUUAGACGGUAAACUGUGGCAUGUAAAUGUCCUAUUCCGUUUACUGUUUUCCACGGUCUGCACAGGCUCAAUUUCACAUAUCAUUGGUGUUGUGUGAUGAUGUUUUCAUCUGAUUGUCAAACAAAUCACUUUAAAAAGUAGGCUAAAAGAACAUUUCGAUCCACCAUGAUCAUUUAUUUUGCUGAUACUCCGUACUGGACCAUAUAGCCUACUGGCUACUUUCACCCCUAAUUUAGACACGUUUUAUCUAUAAUUUUUGAGAUUUGGUAGGCCAUAUUAUAAUUUCUGAGAUUUGGUUGGUCAUUUGUUUAUCAACUAUAGUUAGAUACAUGCAGCUUCUCGUCUGUCAUGACUAAAUAUUGUAGUGCUCACCAGAAUAAUGUCUUACAUAGAUAGCAUGAAGGCAUUAUUAAUGUAGUUAACACCGGUAUAGUUGUCUGUUUUGUUUAGGAACCAGGGAGAAAACGCAGUAACUCCAAAACAGUGGAACUAUUGGUCCUGUGCAAAAUGUCCAAAUGUCAUCAGUUGACUGGUUUUAAGGAAAUACAAAUUUGAGAACUAUAAAACAUGUUUCUGAUAAGACUUUACUUCGUCUUGGGUGAAUAUUUGAUGUCUUUGAAAUACUGGCUGGUUGCAGAAUAGUGUCAUAACAACGCAUUCACAUUUUCUCAAGAGAUGCUGAAAUAAAUAUUUCUCCACUCCUGUUCUGUCACACCCUGG